GCAAGGGCAGUUUGUUAGUAACAUCUGGGUUUACUAGUACAAGAAGGUGCUUUCAAACAAGAAGGUGCUUUCAAGUAGAUGAAAUACCAUUGUUAUUGUCAAUUCUAUUUGGAUUAUUAUUGUUUUGUAGCACUUGCACUGCUAUCAUCUGGAAUCCAUAGCCCUUAGCUAUCAAUCUACCUGGUUUGGAGGGCUGUGAGAGACGAUGCAUCUGGUCUUCAGCGUACUGUGUUUCUCUCUGCUCACAAUGGGCUGUCUGAGUAGCACUGGUGAGAUAGCGAUAGGCUGUGAGCAAUGGAGAACAUCUGCUGGUUCUCCGAAUGUCUGCUGUGAAAGCUGCCGUCCAGGGAACCGUCUGGUGACUCGCUGUGGUCCAGACCCGAAAAAGCUGUGUGUUCCCUGUAGGAAUGAGACCUACACAACUGACACAACAUCAAGCUCCUGUCGCAGGUGUACUCAGUGCGUAGGCGGGGCCCAGAUCUUUAAGAAGGCCUGUACAAGAAGCAAGGACACAGAGUGUGACUGUAGGGCAGGGCUCCGAUGUGGUGAUGGCCUCUGCUCCUUCUGUGUCGAGGAGUGUGGAAAGGGCCAGGAACCUCUUCCCACUGCACGGUCCUGCCAGAAUUGUCCAGUUGGGACCUUCAGUGACCAAAUCCACGAGAAGUGCAAGCCUUGGAGAACAAGCUGUCCCCAUCCCCAUGAACACAUUGUGGCCUUGGGAGAUGCAGUUAGUGACAGCAAGUGCGGCAUUACCAACAAUUCAAUGCCCCAAGUGAUUACCUUACCUACGAAACGGAGGGACCUUGAAGAUGGCACAGGGCUGGUUUGGGCUAUAACGGCCUCGUGUGGGGUCUUUAUCAUCCUCAUCUUGUUUCUGGUCAUCAUCAUCAUCAACAACAAAAAGAAACCAGAGAAGAAGACAACCCCUAAUGAGCCAACCCUUAUUGUGCCAACACCUCCUACAGAUGAGCCGAGAACCCUGAUGGAGGUCAGUUUCCACCACCCUCAGCAGGAACAGGGCAGCAGUUCUGAAACACUGUACUCCCAGGACUCUGAGACCAAGCUACUGCCUGUGUGAUUGGGAGUGGCAGGGUUAUACUGGGUCUGAUCUACAGGCCACUACCUCACUGGCACUCUGAUGCCUUCCCAGUGAUUGGCCAACACAUCAUUCUGGUACUGUUAGACUUGCUCUGAUUGAUCAUGCCACACGCUGGCACUAAGGAAUUGAGAGGUUCAGAUACUUUUGAGCAUUUGUGAUCUCUUUAAUACCCCAGUAUUUGUUUGUAUCUUACACGCACAUUCAAAGAUGUGAAUAUUGAGAGAGAUCUCUAUGUAACAACUUUUUGUGAAAGUAUACCAUUUAUGUCAGCCAGUAAACUGAUAUUCAAAUGUCAGUAGUGGUGGGGAAGUUUUCAGGGGGAAGAACAUUGUCAUUAUAUGACCUAUUCAUUAGUUGACUCCCUAGCAGUUACUGUAUCAUGUGGCUGCUGCUGGAUUAGUUCAACUAUUUACAUACUUGUACAUUUCCUGGUUUUAUUCGUUUUAGUUGCCUGUUAAUAUAUCUAAACGUGAUGAAAUACUACACUUGACAUUUGUGUGAGCGAGGGAGGGAGCAGAGUCAUGCCCUGUUUUAGUGUAAUACAGUGAAUAUGGGGUUGCAGCAGCAGCAGUGUAAACCACAGACAGCUAGAUGUGACUGCCCACAUGCCUCCCACUGGCUUAUAUCAUAUUCACGUCUUUCCUGUAAGGCUAAACUCAGCUGCCCACAGUUACUGAGCAGAAGUAAAUACCCCUAUUUAACAUUACUGUAACCCAAAAUGUGACAUUUAAUUGCACAAGAGAUGAAUUACAGCAAGGACAUAAGGUAUUUUUCUCAGCACUUUGUUAGGAAUUAGAUUCAUGAUAAGAAUGUGCCAAUGUGAUACAGUAUGGGACUUGGAGCAGCUUUUCCGUGGGAAAGUACUGCUUGUAUUGAAUGGGAUAAGAGUGAAGGACAUGUGUGGGAAACAAUAUGACGUCAUAUUAUUCUCUAUGAUACACUGCCAGGAAGGGAGGAGUCUGGACUUUCCUUAUAAAUGUAGUAGGGAAGGGUUAAGGUCAGGGAAUCCUCUCACGUGGGGGUUUCCCUGACCUUUUACCCAGAAGCUUAUCGAAGGUCAUGGGAACCAUAAAUUAACGAAUACAAAUGUGAAUUGCACUUGACACGCAAUUUAUAAUGUAGACAAUAGGCAUUGCAAGGGAUUCCAAAGAGCUUUCUUUAACCUAGUUUGAUCACAUCAAGACCAGAGUUCACUCUUUCACCACUGUAGUUUUGCAAUCACAAGCAUUGUCUGUGGGUGUUUCUUUGGCUUGCUUAGACAUGCAUGUUAACUCAAGCCCUUUAGCCCUGAUUGUAAAUAAUAGCUUUCACAAGGUAUUGUCUCCUAUGUGCUGUUCACGUCAAUGGGAUGACAGAUCCGUGAUAAAAUGUCUGACACGCGAAACUUCCCCGUGGGCUCUCCGCUAGGCAGAGCUGGGAAAGCCGAGGGAUUCUGAUGUCAUAUUAAUCAUGUAGUACCAUCACUUCUGGGAAUGUACACAAGGAACGCAGAAUGAGACUGGUCUGACUAAAGCUCACGGGAUCAUGUUGGAAUGCUGAAUUACUCAGUGCAGGAAUCACAGAGGGAAGACUGUAAAAAUAGAAAAAACAUUUCGUAAGAGCACCUCAUGCAGAGGAUCAUGUAGAAACAUCGGUCAGAUCUGUACUAAUGUAACCUUGACUUUUCAUGAGGAUACAGAGGAGUAGCGUAUCACUGGAGUUAGAGUAACUAAGGAUGGGUGUCUGAACUAUAUCUGUAUUUACAGUUGAAGUCGGAAGUUUACAUACACUUAGGUUGGAGUCAUUAAAACUCGUUUUUCAACCACUCCA